AUGGUUACGGGAUCGCUAGACAACCGCCCCGUUUUAGUUAGGUUCAGUACAUAUUCAUUCAACAAUAUCCACCGAGAUAUAGUGAUUACUGCUCAGAUGAGUCAUCUGAAGAAUGUGUUGAGACUUGUCGGUUGCUGUCUAGAAUUUGAACAACCAGUUAUGGUGUAUGAAUAUGUUGAAGCUAUAUCUCUUUUCGAUCUACUUUACAAAAAGGAUAAUGGUGAUGAUCAAAAUAGUAAAUCGCUAUCUUGGGGAAAUCGAUUACGAGUUGCAUGUGAGGUUUCUUCUGCAAUAGUUUUCUUGCAUACUGAAUUUACUACGCCCAUCAUCCACAGAAAUAUAAAGCCACACAAUGUGAUAGUUGAUCAGAAGAGUGGCGUUGCUAAAAUAUUGAACUUCACACUCUCCAUGUCAUUGCUAUUAGAGAAUAUAAUAAGGAGAUUGCAAACAGUUGAGUUGGAACAGACUACUGGAGCAAGUCAGCUGUGUGGUCACCGUUAG